GGAUGGGCAGCGGGAAAGAGGCUGAGAUGGACCGGGAUAGACACGGGGAUAGAUCCAGAUUGGCACCGAAAUACACCCGAGGACAGACCGGGAUGCGCACUGGGGGAUACCGCAUGAACAGGAUCCGCAUUCACGUGUUACCGACCAGCCGGGGCCGCCUGACCCCGGUGCCGCGGCCUCAGGAGCCCCUGGCCUGCUCCUUCAGCCCCCGGCCCUGCUCGCAGCCCCGCCUGGAGGGGCAGGAGUUCUGCAUCAAGCACAUCCUCGAGGACAGGAACGCUCCCUUCAAACAGUGCAGCUACGUGUCCACCAAGAACGGGAAGCGUUGUCCCAAUGCUGCUCCCAAACCUGAGAAGAAGGAUGGCACCUCGUUCUGCGCCGAGCACGCCCGGCGCAACGCGCUGGCACUGCAGGCUCAGGUGAAGAAAUCCAACCCCGGGCCCGUGGGUGAGACCCUGCUGUGCCAGCUGAGCUCCUAUGCCCGGGCAGAGCUGGGCAGCCAGAGCGCCGAGAGCAGCCGCAGCGAGGCCAGCCGCAUCCUGGACGAGGACAGCUGGAGUGACUGCGAGCAGGACCCUGUCACUGUGGAGCAGACGUGGCGUGGGGACCCCGACAGUGAAGCCGACAGCAUCGACAGUGACCAGGAGGAUCCCCUCAAGCAUGCUGGUGUGUACACAGCCGAGGAGGUGGCUCUGAUCAUGAGGGAGAAGCUGAUCCGCCUCCAGUCCCUCUACAUUGACCAGUUCAAGCGGCUCCAGCACCUCCUGAAGGAGAAGAAACGGCGCUUCCUGCACAGCAGGAAGGGAGAGCACGAGGCCAUCGGCAGCAGCCUCCUGACGGGGCCAGAGGGGCUGAUGGCCAAGGAGAGGGAGAACCUGAAGAGGCUCAAGUGCCUGCGGCGCUACCGGCAGCGCUACGGCGUGGAGGCGCUGCUGCACCGGCAGCUCCGCGAGCGCCGCGUCCUGGCCACCGACGGCGCCGCCCAGCAGGCUCACACCACCCGCUCCAGCCAGCGCUGCUUGGCCUUUGUGGACGAUGUCAGAUGCUCCAACCCCUCCCUGCCGCUGACCAGGCACUGCCUCACACAUAUCUGCCAGGACACCAACCAGAGCCUGUUCAAGCCUUGCCAGGGCUCUGAGGAGGUUCCCUGCAACAAGCCGGUGCCCGUGAGCCUGUCGGAGGAGCCCUGCUGCCCCCUGCACCUGCGGCUGCCCCCCCAGAUGUACGUGCCCGAGCAGGGGCUGGCAGUGCCCCAGGAGCUGGGGGCAGCGCCCUCGGAGCUGUACCUGAGUGCGGCCGAGCUGCAGCCCAGCGAGAGCCUGCCCCUGGAGUUCAGUGAUGACCUGGACGUGGUGGGUGAUGGGAUGCAGUGCCCGCCUUCCCCUCUGCUCUUUGACCCCUCUGUGAGCCUGGACCCAGCCCUGAGGGACAUGGCCGAGGCUCCCAUCGACAUCCUGGCCCUGGAGGAGCCUGACAGGGGCAGCUCCUGCUCCCCCCUCAUCCCCACAGCCCAGGGGCCUGCCCAGCCCCAGCAGGAGCAGCAGCCGCAGGGAACGGCCUCGAGCAGCCCAGCCCGAGGAGCCAACGGGAGCCUGGAGCCGGGAGCUGUGGGCUGAGCCUGGUGUGGGACCCUCAGCGUGGGACCUGGGGGGCUGCAGAGCCUCCAGGAGGAGCUGCAGCUCCAGCUCUGCUGAUUCUGCAGCCACAGAAACCCCAAAAAGCCCAGAAACUUCAUCCAGACCUUCCCGUCCUCCAUGGGGAUGGAGCGGCCACAGGAGGGAAAUCACCAAAUUCUGGGGCACAGAAAUUCCCAAAUUCUGGGGUACCCUCACCGUGGGACUUGGGGGUCCUUGAGUCCUUCUCCAGUGCCAGGAGGAGCUGCAGCUCCAGCUCUGCUGAUUCUGCAACCCCAGAAACCCCAAAAAACCCAGAAACCUCAUCCAGACCUUCAUGUCCUUGGUGGGGAUGGAGCGGCCACAGGAGGGAAAUCACCAAAUGCUGGGGGACAGAAAUCACCAAAUUCUGGGGGACCCUCUUGUGGGACUUCGGUGGGGCUAUAGACCUUCUCCAAUGCCAGGAUGAGCUGCAGCUCCAGCUCUGCUGAUUCUGCAGCCACAGAAACCCCAAAAAUCCCAUCCAGACCUUCCUGUCCUCCUUGGGGAUGGAGCAGCCACAGGAGGGAAAUCACCAAAUUCUGGGGGACUU